CCUUCGAUCACUAGCGACGAGCCUGCACGGAGUUAGUCGAGUGUUGCCGAGUUUGGUCGAACUCGGUGGAGGCCCGCAGCCAUGUGUUGUGGCCUGUCGCCGCGAGUGCUUUGUGACAAGGGAGGUGCGGUGUCUGGAUUUUUUUUCUCUUAGUUUACUCUCUCCUCUUUAAUCGGCAAACAUCGUCAAUAAUUUUAUCGCGAAUAUAAUUAUAAUGUCGUUGAAAAUGGACGGCUCGCGAUACGCGCGGUGCUUGUGAACGUGUCUCGUUAAACUGGAGUUUCGAACGACGACGAGGACGAGAGGAGGACGUCGGAGACGAUUACGAAUACGACGAGGAACGUUCUAGCUGGAAAAAAAGUCGACAAUUUUCUUCGAAAAAAAAAAUCAGAAAAAGUGUGUGCUAGUGCAAUAAUUAAUCCUUUCGCUUUGAUUCCGUGAACAACGUUGCUAGUGGUCGUUGACGAUACUCAGACGGGGGGACAAAAAAAAAGGAAAAGAAAAUAAUAGUCGACGACGGCGAGAAAAAAACGUUGCUUCGAUCUCUCGCAUCUCUCUGGCAUCUGUACGCACGCGUGUACGUGUGCGUGUGUGUGAGUGAGUGUGCGUGUGUGUAUGUGUGUGUAUUCGCGUGUGUAUAUGUCGUGUAUAACGUGCUUAUUAUCAUUUCGUCUAUAUACAUACUUAUAUACGCGUGUGUAGAGUAGCUUGUUGUGCCUCGCGGGUGAAUGCGAGUGAAUGCGUGUGAAUGCGUGUGAGCCGCGUAACAUCGUGUGUCUCGUUUCUUAGCACGGUUACUUUCGGUAUCGCCAUCUCUUUCUUUCUUAUCGCGGGAGUAACUGCGAUCACCGAGGACGACCGUACAGUGAAAAGAAAGACGGAUACGUACGAGUAAUAGAAGAUAGACGAAAUAGACAAAAAGACAGAGUCGAACGAUCGGAUAUAUAUGCACGGAAAGAAGACAAACAUAUGCGUAUGCAUUACGACGAAGCUUUGACCGAGGGAACUCUUCGGCGAAACGACGACUUUCCAGUGGAACGACAUGCUUUCUUUAUGAUCCAACGCACUACGAAACUUAGUUUAACUUGGCAUAAAAGAAAGAUCGUAAAGACGUCGCGUGACCGGACUAGAAAAAUGAAUCGGCUGUGAAUCCAGGAAGGAAGGAAGGAAGAAAUAAAGGCCGGAACCCCAAGCGAUCUUGGCGAGUUUCCCAGAGAUCUUCGGAGUCACCGGAUAACAUCUUAGAGAGUAGGAAUUCGAAAUAAGAUUGGUCGUGUUUGUGUCGGUGAUGUGUCGUGAUCGGUAGUGACCCUGUGUUCGUGGCCCCGAGGGGGCGUAAUCUUCAGUGCUUUAUGUGUCGAUGGUGCAAAGGAGUCUAUUCGUUGGAUCUAAAAAGGUUUGGGAAUAUCCAGGAUAUAUGUAGUAUAUAAAUUCAAAUAAAUAUCAACGGAAUCACAAGAGGGAGAGUAAGAAGAGAAGGAGGUGCAUAAAAAGGUGUUUUUGCGCGCGCGCGCGCGCAAUUUAAAAUAGAGAGAGAAUAAAAAAGAGUUAUUAUUGUGUAGAGAGAGAAGGGAAGAUAUAUAAAAUAUUAAAAGAAAAAGAAAAUAUAAAAUAAAGAGAGAGUAAGAGAGAAGUGCGCGCGCGGGUUGUUUUAUUUGGAUAUCGAGAACACCAAAAGAGUAGCCGCGGGGUAAGUGAUGUGUUCGAUGGACGAGGCGCGUCUCGCGGGCGGUGGUCGGGGUAAAACGAACGCGUGUCGCUCGCGCUGCCAUUAUUCGGGAUCCGUGAGAAAAGGUGGGCAGUCGGUGAUCAGGCUGGCGGGUGCCGGGGAAACGUUUCCAAGGGCAUGGCGACCACGCCACUAGGCGGUCGCCUCCCUAACAUUAACCGCAAAGGACCAUCCCCGUGUAUCGGUGGUGGUGGUGCUAUUAGUAACGGCAGCAUCGUCAACAACAACAACAACAACAACACCAACCACAGCGACAACGGUGGCAACAUAAACGGCAGUCUUAGUAGCAGCAACAGUAGCAGCAGCAGCAACAGCGGUGGUAGUAGUAGUAGUAGUAGUAGCGGGGGCGGCAACAACAACAACAGCAACUGCAUAGGAAGUAAUAAUAAUAACAACAACGGUGGUAGUCAGAGAAGGCAAGAACGUAACACAGUUGGGAGGGAUCAUCAUCGGCAUCACCACCAUCAUCAUCAUCAUCAUCACCAUCAUCAUCAUCAUCAUCAUCAAGGUCGAGACAAGUCAGGAGCUGCAGUAGCAGCUGCAGCGGCAGCAGGGUCAUCCUCUAUCUCCUCUAUCUCUUGUUCAUCCGGUUCGUCCAACUCCUCUUCUUCUACCUCCUCAUCUUCCAUCUCCUCUUCCUCCCCCCAGUCCUCGUUGUCAUCUAGCAGUGCGUGCCAGCAGCGCGAGGCUAAAACAAGCACGGUGGCUGCUAACGCCGGUGAACUGGAUCCGGCCGCGACUAAUGCGACCAACAACUUUGAAUACGACGACAACGAAUGGGACAUUGGCAUAGGGGAUCUUAUAAUCGAUCUUGAUGCGGACAUUGAGAAGACGAGGGACGAGAAACUGAGCUCCUCGGGGACAGGCAUGGCUUCUACGCCUGCCUCGGCAGCAUCGGCAACAAAUAAUCCGAAUCAUCAUCAUCUUCAAAACUCAGCGUCAGCUUUGAACUCGUCUAACUCGUCCAGCUCUGUAUCCGGGUCUGUCGUAUCGUCCAGUGUUGUAGUAUCGAACGCGGUUAAUCAGUCUUCUUCGUUAUCGUCCAAUUCGAAUUCGUCUAACUCGUCUAGCGUGUCAUCGUCCUCGUCGAGCUCCUCAGGCUCGUCCUCGUCAUCGUCGUCCUCCUCCUCCUCUUCGAACUCUUCCUCGUCUGGUGGUGCCGGUGGUGGUUGCGUCGUCGUCGUCGGUAAUUCGGGAAACGGCCGAGCCCAAAGCCCCUGUAGCUUAGGCGCAGGUGGCAACGGACCUACGGCGAACGGACCGAUUGUCAUCGGCGGUAACAACGGUACUACUAAUAACAAUCAGACGAGCAACGGUUCAACAUCUUCGCAGGUGCAGCAGCAGCUAGUUACGGGAGGAAAGCAAGGGUCCGCCGCGACUGUAGUGGCCGCAGUAAACGCCGUGAUACACGGUAGCGCCGGAAAUCCCGGCAAGAUGGCCGUUGAACAUUCGGCGACCGUCGACAAGGGCCUCAAAAUGAAGAUCAAGCGUACGAAGCCCGGCACGAAGAGCAGCGAGGCCAAACACGAGAUCGUCAAGUCGAACGAGAUCAACGGGACCGCUUCCACGCAGGACAGCAGCAACAACGGAUCCACCCAGUCGUCGAGUUCAUCCUCGGGGUCCUCGGCGGCGGCGGCGGCGGCAACGGCGGGUUCUGGUGGCGGCGGCGGUGGUGGGGCCUCUUCCUCGGUUUCCGUCGGACAAAACUCUCAGAAUUCGGAGUGCGGAAGCGGUGCGGGUGGUGGUAGUGGUGGUGGUGGUGGUGGUACCGGUGGUGGAAGUGGUGCUGGUAGUGGUGGUAGUGGUAGUAGUGGUGCCGGUGGUGCCGGGGCCGGGGGUAACAAUACCACGGCCGGGCAGACCGGUGCUACCGGACAAUCGUCUUCCUCGAACAAAUCUAAACCAAGCCACUCGCCGGGCUCGGCGACCGGCACGGGAAACGCGCAAUCCUCGACGGCGGGUUCGAAGCGCGGCUCGAGCGGACACCGUCGCGAGAAGGCUCGCGAGAAGCACGAGAAACAACAACCUCAGAACAAUCAUACGCCGCAACAGUCGAAACCGGAGAUGAACGGAACGGCCAGACCGCCGGCACCCCAGAGUCAGAACUCGGCGGGACAAGCAACCCAGUCGCAAGGACCGACGCCGGCAGCGACGGCGCCCCAACAGACUCAGGGACCGCCGCCCAGCUCGAGAACGGGAUUUUCCGUGUCGCAGGGGGGCGGGGCCGGGCCCCCGGCGACUAGCGCCGCGGCGCCCUGUCCGCCCCCGAGCCCUGCCAGCGCCACCGCGGCGGGGGCCCCGGCUAAGCCGGAACAAACUAAGGUGGCCUCCGUUCCGGGACCACCCUUAACCACGCCGGCCGAGGAGGCCAUCGACACCGCUGCUAGUCCGCCUCCGGCCAAAAAGAUGAAGACCUCCAAUUCCGAACCAAAGGACAUGUCCGACGUUUGUGUUGGGACCAGCGUGGGGACCAUUACCGAGCCCGAAUGUUUGGGACCCUGUGAGCCUGGCACAUCGGUCACGCUCGAGGGAAUCGUUUGGCAUGAGACCGAAGGAGCAGGUGUAUUGGUCGUGAACGUAACGUGGCGGGGUAAAACGUACGUCGGUACUCUGUUGGAUUGCACGCGACAUGAUUGGGCACCUCCAAGGUUUUGCGAUUCACCGACCAGCGAUUUGGAUGCGCGUACACCAAAAGGUCGUGGAAAGCGUGGCCGAGCAGCAGCGAAUUCUACACCGGGCAAUGAUCUGAGUAAUUUUACCGAGACAAGGAGUUCGGUACAUAGCAAAUUACGAAAUGGUGGCGCAAAAGGUCGAAGGGGUGCGCAGGGUUCACCAGCGGCAAGUCCAAGUCCAGCUGCCUUUGUGCCACCGAGAUCGGAUCCGGCUACGAAGAGAAAGUCUCGCGGUCCGGAGGAAGAAGAAAAGAACAAAAGACGGGCACCACCUCCUACGCCUCCGAGUGGCUCGCCUCCAGCGAGUCCGGUUCUUUUGGAGUGUCCCGAACCGAAUUGUAGUAAAAAGUACAAACACAUAAAUGGACUGAAAUAUCAUCAGAGUCACGCGCACGGUUCCGCGGACGAUGAUGAUACGAAGGAGGGAAUCACCAGCAUGUCGGAAAACGACGAGAGCAACAUCGAAGUUCCGAGUCCAGCGACGCCGGUGAAAUCUCCAGCAGACAAGCCAGAAGGAACCCCUGUCAGAGCGGCGAGUCCACCGGCAACGAGUUUACCGCCGGAGACCCCACCGCCUCCACCUCGGGUACCUUCGCCUGGCAUAGAGACACCUAUGCCAGUUUUAACCUCUGACAACAAGGCUAUCGUCAAACCUGGUGUUUUAAGGUUCGGCCAAGACGAUUUACCUGCUCCUACGUCCGCAGCACCACCUUCCUCGCGACAACAGAGUAUUCAACAACAGCAGCAACAACAACAGCAGCAACAACAACAACAGCAGCAACAGCAGCAACAACAACAGCAACAACAACAGCAACAGCAGCAGAGUCAAACGUCGUUAACGUCGACGAAUCCGCCUGAAAGUCCGAGCCCUCAUCCAAGUCAAUCUCCCAGGCCUGUGCCUUCGCCACAUCCCAGUACAAACAUACCGCAACCACUCAAUAUACCUCAACCUCCUCAACCAUCUCAAGUUCAACAACAUCAGCAACAAAAUCCAUUGCUGCAACAAGCCCAACAAUCGCUACAAACCGUGCCACCGCCACAAAUGCAACCAAGUCAACAGCAACAACAAUUACAAUCAUCCAUGCAACAACAAUUGCCGCCGGCGCAUCAGUUACAACCCGUGCAGCAUCCCUUGUCCACGCAGUUGGGACAACCAGCGCAAGCGCACAUCAUUCAACAGCCUAAUUUACAGCAGCAGCAACAAAGUUUACAAAGUAUGGCGAGUCAGCACCCAGGUCUUCAAGGUCUUGCUGGACAAGUGUCGCAACAAGCGAGUUUACAAAGCGGGCCUCCUCCGACUGGACAUCCUGGACAAGGUGUACAAUCUCAUAUGCAACAGUAUCCAAGCGUUGCGUUGCACACGAAGAUGCCGCAAUUCAAAGUAAAGCCCACGGCGGCACUGAUGCCAGAACAGGAUAAGAGUAAGGACCCGCGAACGUCGAAACCACAAGGCUACAAAAAGAAAUCAAAGAAAUCACCGGGUGGUAGUCCACAUCCUUCGCCUUUAGAAGCGCCGAUAGUGGAUUCCGCGAGGGAAGACGUUCAAAGUCCGGCCUACUCGGACAUAUCGGACGAUGCGGCGCCCGUUCUCGAGGCAGAACCCGCCGACAAGUCGAAACAGACUCAAGAAAAAGACAACAAGGUUACUGCGCCGACGCAUCUACCUGCUCACUUUGGAAUUUACCCGUAUUACGGUCAACCUCCUUACUUGGUGCCGAGCGUUCAGGAUAGCAAAUCGGUCGACCAGAAACCGAACGAUCUCACGCCAAAACAGGAAAUGAAACCUUUGAACAUACCGCAAAUGCCAUCGAUGGCGAGUUUGCAAAGCGUCGUCUCGGAGAAGGAAAAGAAGGAACUGAGCCAGCCUUUGCCUCAACCUCAACAGCAACCGCAUUAUUAUGGUGGUUACGGUGGAUAUAUGCCUCCUGGCUAUCCGUAUCAGCCACCGCAAGCGAUUUCGCAGCAACAACAACAGCAGCAGCAACAGCAACAACAACAACAACAACAACAGCAACAACAACAAAAUCAACAAGUGCAGGAACAAGAGGCGCACGAGCAAAAAGUAAAAAUGAAGCAAGAACCGCAAUCGCAACAACUUAGCUUGAAAGACAAGCAACACGAAAAUCAUCAAAUACUAAAAGAAAGUAUCGAGAUGAAGAGUCAGAUGAGUCCUUAUCACGUGUACCAUAGCUCGCAAAGUCAAAGAGCGGCACCUCCUCCACCACCUCCUGGUCCCGUGCAAGACGACAGAAGGUAUUACCUGUAUCCUGGAGAACAGAGACGAAAAGAAGAAUCGAGCAAACAAAGUCAACAGACGAAAGCUCCACCGCCGAGUCCGAAGCAUCAACCGAAGCAAGAGAAGCCGCAAGAUUUGGGCAAGAACGACGAUUCCAAGAACAAACAAGAGGGCGUAAAACCUACCAUGGAGACUCAGGGACCACCUCCACCGCCCACGUCACAAUACGCGUACAUACAUCCAGGAUACAUGCCACCGCAGCAUUACAGUGCAAUACCUUUCGACCCUGGCCAUCCAGUUUACAGAGGUCUAAGUCCUAUGUUAGUGCCUGGGCCUUAUUCGAGUAAUCCUUACAUCCAUCAGUUACCUAGAUAUCACGCACCGGAGGAUCUCAGCCGUCCACCGGGUGGCAAAGCCCUCGAUCUUUUGCAGCACCACGCAAAUCAGUAUUAUUCGGCGCACAAGAUCCACGAACUUCAGGAACGUGCCCUAAAAUCACCGACUCCCAAAACGUCCGCGGCAUCGGCCAGCCCGUCCUCGGCUGGGCCAACGCCUGCCAGGCCGCCUAGCGGACCACCGACUUCGGUAGCUGGGCCAGGUCCACCUCAGGGUCAGGGUCAACAGCCUGGCAAACAACAAGGACAACCCGGGGGUCAACAACAACAAUCCGGGCAGGUCGAUACCGGUAGCGGGAAUCUUGGAAAGGACAGCAGAUCGCCGCCACCUCAGAGACACGUACACACGCAUCAUCACACGCAUGUGGGAUUAGGCUACCCCCUCUUAACGGGACAGUACCCCGCUCCUUACGGAGCGGCAGUACUAGCGAGUCAGCAGGCCGCCGCGGUAGCUGCCUCGGUGAUCUCGCCAUUUCCGCCCAAGUGACCCGCGGCCCCCGGUCCCGUACUACCCGGAACCGCCGGAACCAGCUCCGCACAAACUCACCACGCCUCGCAUCCGGCCUCGAACGGUGCCGUCGCGGCCAGACAACCCUAAGGAAAUCCUCUUCUUCUAAGGAAUACUCUCCGGAGGAUCGCCUUAUCCAUUUUUCCUUCAAGUUCAUUUACUCGCUCGCCAGUUUUCUCUCUUUCUCUUUCUCUUCCUCUCUCUCUUCCUCUCUCUCUCUCUCUCUCUCUCUCUUUCUCUCUAUUUCUGUUCUGUCUCUGUCUCAAACCUUGGACGAGCCGUAAAGAGGCUGUUGGUACUUAAAUCACGAAGAGCUAUGGACAAGCACUUCAGUUACCUUCGAAGAGAUCCUCAUUCGAGAGAGCAUCGUCGUCAGAGUCCGACUGAAAAAGUAAUAGUUAAAUCUUGCCGAGUUGUUGUCGAGAAUGUCCUAGAGAAAUCAUUUCUUUCGGUCAAACCAUUCUUAUCUCGAAGUAUCGUUAACGAUUGAAGAAAUGAAACAACUUUUACUGUCUUUUCUCUCUCCAUUUUGUUUUGUUUUUUAACUUCGAUGCAAGCGCGUGAACCGAUUCUUGUGUACAUACAUAGAUACAUACAUACAUACAUACAUACAUACAUACAUACAUACAUACAUACAUACAUACAUACAUAGAUACAUACAAACAUACAUACAUAUAUACAUAAUGCAUACACACAUAAUGCAUACAUGAAUGCACAUAUACAUAUUAUACAUAAAUACGAACGUGUAUUUGAGUUCGGUGCGGAACCAAGAUGGUUCAAACAUUUUCCUUUGUAAAUAAAUUUGUAAAUAAAAUAAUGUAAGCAUAUUAAUCUCGGACAAGCGUCGUCGUAUCAAUAUAAGAUAUAAGUGUAAAAUAUAAUAUAUCAUAAUAGAGCUUAGUAAAGUUUUUAUCUAACAAAAAUGAAUAAACGAUUUAUGCGCGAGAAUGAUGUUUUAUUAGUGGACGCUUUAGCGUGUGGACGAGUAUUUGAUUCAAUCGACUCACGAAACUAUUUACGGUUCGAUAGAAGAAAUCGUGAAUUAAGCUUUUGACAAUGCAAGAUAUAUAUACUGAAUGUUCUAUUCACGUUGGUUCAACAAAGCUUAUCUUCGUCCUCGUAUAAUAAAGAUCGAUCCAAUGGACCUCGAGGUCAAAAAUAUAGGAACGACCAACAAUCGUAUUUUAUCAAUACGAUUAAGGUGUAUAGAAAUAUCCAAUUGAAAAUGGAAAAGCUUUUUCGACCAGCGUGAUAUGGGAUAAAAGGAAAAUAAGGAGUAAGAAGAGAAGGUCUUAGAUCGUGUAAAUCGCAAAGAAGAAAAGUUCUUUCAAUUGAUCAAUCAUGUGAAUCGAAUCAGUCGUAUUUUAAUUGAGAAUAUAUAUAGAAAGAGAGAAAGAGAGAGUACGUAAGAGAAACGAAUGAGAACUACGAGAAGUAAAAACAUCUAUAGGGAUAUUCCGUUAGACUGAAAAACUACUACAAGGAUAUUUGUUGAGAGAUCCUUUUUCGAAGCUGUUUUUCUCGCACGAUUGUCGAAAAAGAAAAGAAAAAGAAAUAAAAAUGAAGAGAACAAAAUUAUAAGUGUACAUUGAAAAAAAUCCGUUCGUUACUGUGCGAGUACAUCUUUUCACUUACUACGACCUUUUAACUUCGAGUACUCACAUUUACAAAGAAACAAUUUUUAUUGAACGUAGUUACGUAAGAAAUUAGCAAACGAAAGUGAGAAAAAGAAGAGAAGAAGAAAGAAAAGAAGAGAGAAGAAUUUUGUGUGCGUGUAGAACAGGUGUUUAUUGUAUAAAUAGUAAUAAUUUGUGUAUGUGUUUGACGCGUGCGCAUUAUUGAACGUCAAAUUGAAUCGGUGUAAUUUUAAACUUGUAAAAAAAGGAAUGAAUGAAAAUGCUGACUUUCAAUUUUUGUAGGGAAUAAAAAAGAGAGAGAAAGAAUAAGAGAAAAUGAGAGAGAGAGAAAGAAAUUAAAGAAAGAAACGAUUGUAUGAUACCUUGAAAUUACCUACUAGAAAAAUUUUAUUACGUAUUAAAAUAAAUUUAAUUGAUUUACAUGUUAACAAGACAAUUGUAAGGAAUAUAUAUAUAUAUAUUCAUAUAUAUAAUAAAGCAACAAAUAGAUUUAAAAAAUAAUAAUUCUAAAUAAUUAGAAUGACAUUAAAUGAUUGUAAAUUUGAACGUUAGAAACGCUAUUUGUUUACUAAAAUAAAUGCUAGACAACGUUGUACUACAUAUUAAAGUAAAAAGAAAAGAAAAAAAUAAAAGUGCAGCGUCGUGAAAAAGAUAAAAAAAAAAAAUAAGAAAUGCUAUGAUAACGAAAAAAAGUAAAAAAUGUAUUACAUAUACAUAUAAUAUGGUAUAUAUAAAGUAAACUAUCAUAAAAUUAGUUUAGUAACAACUAUUACUAUUAUUAUCUUUUAUUAUGAUUAUUAAUUAUUAUAUUAUUUUAUUAUAUCAUCGUCAUCGAAUAAGAUGAAGAGUGAUGAUAUCAGUUGAGGGCAAAGUAACUAUUCUAGUUGCCAGUGGUAUCGGACAACAAAUUUAAUCUAAUCGCAUAGUGUAUUAUAAAUGCCAAAUCAAAUCAAAAAUAAAGGAAAAGGAAAAACGUUUUUAAUCGAACGAGUAAAAACAAAAAUCACUUUACUAAAUGGGAAGGAGAAAUGUAACGGAAAAGUAGAAAUGAAACGAGCUGCCUCAGUUUUAGUGGGGUACUCAGCGGAGAAGAAAGGGUGGGCUUUAAAAAUAAUGCUAAAGCUACGCUGUGAUUUUUAUAAAAAAUAAAAAUAAAAAGAAAGAAAUGUGAAGAAAGAACGAACGAAUGAAAAAGUCAGAGGCCCGAGAGUACAUAAAAAAAAGAUUCACUCUAUAUUGUCUCUUUUAGUGAUCUUAAAAAAGGACAUUUUUAUGAAAAUGUGCAGAUAGCCUAAGUACCUGGACCCUGCCCUACGUUCUUCGCAUGAAUAAACGAAGAUUAAAAAAAAAAAAAAAAG